CGUCAGGCCUGCCGGUUUCCCCACACCUCCGCCGCAAGUCAUCCUCUUUUCAUCACCACCCGUUCCCGCAUCGUACGCCAAUGGCAGUAAUGUUUGUUUAUCAUUUCAUUACAUCUUUUUACGUUUUAUUUUUUUAAUUUUUACGCACACGGCAGAAACCUCACGCACACGCGACCCACGUCCUAUACAUGGCUACACGCACACGCCACCGCCGUCCGCCACCCACCCGUUACAUAACACUAUCGCCGUAAACCACGGUGCACACUGCACACGAGUCGCGCUACUUCGGCCCUCGGGUUCGUUGCACCGCACCGCACCGCACCGCAACGCACCGCAUCGGUCGUUGAGAGUUGGAGCGGCGAUUUAACCGCCCAUACCCGACAACGUCCGUUCGGCUACCCGGCAUCGAUCGUCGAUUGAUUCGGCACUGACAACAGUGACAACCGACUUCCGAUUUCGAUCCGUUCCAUGACGGAUAACGACGACGACGACACCAACAACGACAACGACAAUCGCGUGCGCCGCCGCCGCCGCCGCUGUCCUCGUGCGUUGUUGUAUAAAUAGGCCCGAACGUCCGGCGUCGCGCGCAGUUGGUUCGCGCGUAGCGUCUGCGGCGGUUUGUGCGAUUAUUGACUAUAUUACGAUGACCGUCGUGGUCGUCCCCAGUUAGUUGUAUCUCCACUAUCCUGCGACUUGUGGGGCUGUGGACAGUCGACCGACACACCGGCCGCCGGUACCCAUUGGCCAUUACCCGUCAGUCGCGAGAUGUCCGUGUUCCGGCCGCUGAUCGAUGCCUUCUGGUCGCCGGACAUCUGGCUGCCGCCGAACACCAAGUGGUCCGACCUGGAACCCAACGAACGGGUCCAGUACACCGACCACCGGCACCUGAUCUACCCGUUGCCCAUGGCCGUCGUCGUGUUGCUCAUAAGAUAUCUGCUCGAGAAAUAUUGUUUUUCGCCGUUUGGCCUGUCGCUGGGCAUCAAGAGCACCAAACCAAAAAAGGUCCCGAACAAUGACUUGCUAGAGGAAACGUUUGCGCGGAACAGCAAGUGGAAUUACAAGGAGGUGGUGGGCCUGGCCAAGAGACUCGAUUGGACCGAGCGACAAGUAGAACGGUGGUUGAGGCUGAGGCGAGCACAGGACAAGCCUUCGACCCUCAUCAAAUUCUGCGAGAGCAGUUGGCGAUGUUUCUAUUACACAUUUUCAUUCCACUAUGGUCUUGUGUUCUUAUGGAAUAAACCAUGGUUAUUGAAUAUAGAUUAUUGUUGGAUUGGAUAUCCACACCAGGGUGUCACAAGAGACACAUGGUGGUACUAUAUGAUGUCAUUAUCAUUUUAUUGGGCAUUAGCUGUUUCUCAAUUUUUUGAUGUCAAACGAAAAGAUUUUUGGCAAAUGUUUGUCCAUCAUAUAUGUACUAUAUGCUUGUUAUCUUUUUCAUGGAUAUGUAAUUUCCAUAGAAUUGGGACUCUUGUGCUUUUAACCCAUGAUUGUGGCGAUAUUUUCCUUGAGUUUGCAAAAAUGGCUAAAUAUGCCAAAUAUCAAAAAUUAUGCGACUUCAUUUCAGUAGUAUUCAUUUUUGUCUGGCUGUUAACCAGAAUUGGUCUAUUCCCUUUUUGGAUUUUAUACAGUACGUCAGUCAAUGCGCCCCAAGUGGUAAACCAAAUGUUCCCAGCUUAUUACAUAUUCAAUGGACUACUGUUUCUUUUACUUGGUCUCCACCUUUAUUGGACACACUUAAUUUUGAGAAUUGCAUAUCUUUCAUGGAAUUCUGGAAAAAUGGAUGGAGACAUUCGUAGUUCUUCUAGUGACGAAAUUACACUAGAUGAUGAUUCAAAUACCAAAAUAGAUGACAUCAAUGGAGCGUUACCAAAUGGCACAAUUUAAAUUAUACUACUUUUAUUGUAUCUUUGUUUUAUUGAGUUUUGUUUGAAAUAAUUUCAAAAGCACUUUAGGUAUUCGUGUAAAUAUUUAUGUGUUCCAGAAUACUAAUCAUUUUAUUCCCUAUUUAAUCUUUUAAGACAAAAAGUGGUAACUUUAUCAUGAACAUAGCUACUUAAAUGAAAAGUUUCUAUAAAUAUUAUGAUCACUUAAAUGUUUCGGAUUCAGCUCUAGUCAUCCAUAAACAAAAACAUUUCCUACAAGAAAUAUACCAUAAAUGUAACAUUUAUAUGCAAUUAUUAUAGUUUUUUAGAUUUUAGUUUGUUAUUUUAUUUCAUUUUAACUUCAUUAAUAUACUUAAAUAAUGCUUAUACAUCCCCUUCAUUCUCCAGUCCCCAAAAAAAACAAAUGUAAUUUAAAACUUUUAAGUAUGAUAUUUGUAUUUAUUAUAUUAUUUAUAAAAUAAAAUAGUUUUUUAUAUGUUUUAAGAAUA